CAGACUGCAUGGAAGCCGGAGCAGAAGCCGCACGAGUUUAUCCAGCAGCAGCUUUUCAUCCAUCAUGCAGUUCCAGCACCCGCACGCGCCUCUGUACGCACCGACGCCCGCGCCGCCCGCGCACCCGACGCCCUUCUACAUUGAAGACAUCUUGGGAAGAACCGGGAGCUCCUCCGGGCCGGUGGUGCCCACGCCGACUCUGCCGUCCCCGAACUCCUCUUUCACCAGCCUGAUCCCGUCCUACCGGACACCCAUCUACGAGCCCACGCCGAUACACCCGGUUCUGUCCCAGUACGUGUCCAUGUACCCGUUCCAGCGCUCUGUGGGAGACUUUGCGCAUGCGCUGAUCCGCCACGACCCGCUCGGUAAGCCUCUGCUGUGGUCUCCAUUCAUCCAGCGGCCGCUACACAAGCGCAAAGGCGGGCAGGUUCGGUUCUCCAACGAUCAGACCAUCGAGCUGGAGAAGAAGUUCGAGACGCAGAAAUAUCUGUCUCCGCCCGAGAGGAAGAGGCUCGCCAAGAUGCUGCAGCUCAGCGAGAGACAGGUCAAAACAUGGUUCCAGAACCGCCGGGCGAAAUGGAGGCGCCUGAAGCAGGAGAAUCCUCCGUCCGCCGGUAAGAGGGACGCGGAGGACUCGGACACGCGCAGACUCUCGGACGCAGCCGCGCGCGCGCGUGAAUUAGAGAGCGGUGCGUCCACUGAUUCAGAGGAGCUGCUGGACAUCGAGGACGAGCAUCAGUUCACCCUAUGAUGAGCCUUGCUCUUACUGUAAAUACUGUACCAUACUGUACAUUCCGCCAUACCUGACCACUAACUUAAUGGAUGUGUAUUUUGAUCGUGUGUUGUGGGAAACUGUACAUACUUGUGUUAUUCAAUAAAGGAUAUUUUGGGGAUAA